GAGAAGAUGAUGCUAAAUUUAGCAAAACCAGAGGUAUUCUAAAAUACCUCCUUUUUGGGUUUUUUUAAAGGAAAAAGAAAAGGCUUAUCCAAAUUUGUUCUUCUCUUAAUCACUGAUUCACUAACUACCCACGUUGCCCGCCCUUUUUCUCUCUCCUCACCCUUCUCUAACUUCAGCUGCCACCACCUUCUGCUUCAGUUGCUAGGAGAAGUCAAGAUAAUACUGUAGUGCCUCAAAAGGGUGUGUGAGAUUUCUAGGUUUGGUUGAUUUUGAAUAUGGGAUAUUGUAUAUAAGUUGGGAUUGUGAUACUUUUGCAAAACAAUUUCACAAUGGCAUUGGUUGCACGAUCAAUAUGCGUAUCCUACGACGAAAUUGCUGGUAUUUGCAACAAUGUUUCACACCGGAAUUUUAAGAAAUGGGUCCAAUGGAAGAACCCAUUUCUUUUCCAAGAUGAUGCUAGAAGGAACAUAAGGUUCAAUGACAGGAAAUUGUCAUGUACAAAAUUUAUUGGAGCUUCAGAAAAAUUACAGCAUUCAAAAUCCCCGAAAUCUGGUCUGAUUUCGUGUGGGUGGGAAGUGAAUUCGUCAAAGGUUGUGUCCAAUGCCGUCAUACCCAAGAAAUGGAAUCUGUUGAAACUGAAGGUUGUUGAAGUGACUGCUAUAGUUGCGUGUACAUUUUUUGUCAUGUCUUCGGCACAAGCUGUUGAUGCUCUUAAAACUUGUACCUGUUUGCUGAAGGAAUGCAGAAUUGAACUCGCCAAGUGCAUCGCAAAUCCAUCUUGUGCAGCCAAUGUUGCUUGCCUGCAGACCUGCAAUAAUAGACCUGAUGAAACCGAAUGCCAAAUCAAAUGUGGGGACUUGUUCGCCAACAAAGUUGUUGACGAGUUCAACGAGUGUGCAGUCUCUCGAAAGAAAUGCGUGCCUCAGAAGUCUGAUGUUGGAGAAUUUCCUGUUCCCGAUCCUAGUGUGCUCGUUAAGAGUUUCAACAUGGCAGAUUUCAACGGGAAGUGGUUUAUAAGUAGUGGUCUAAACCCUACAUUCGACGCUUUUGAUUGCCAGUUACAUGAGUUCCAUUUGGAAGAUGGAAAACUUGUUGGAAACUUGUCUUGGCGAAUAAAAACACCAGAUGGUGGUUUUUUCACACGCACUGCUGUACAGAAAUUUGCGCAAGACCCCUCUCAACCUGGAAUGCUGUAUAAUCAUGACAAUGCAUAUCUUCACUAUCAAGAUGAUUGGUACAUCCUAUCUUCUAAAAUUGAAAAUCAACCAGAUGACUACGUAUUUGUAUAUUACCGAGGCAGGAAUGAUGCGUGGGAUGGCUAUGGUGGCGCAUUUCUUUACACAAGAAGUGCAACUGUACCUGAAAAUAUCGUGCCUGAACUUAACAGAGCAGCUCAAAGUGUAGGAAAAGACUUCAAUAAAUUCAUCCGAACGGACAAUACCUGUGGGCCCGAGCCUCCACUGGUUGAGAGGCUGGAGAAGACGGUGGAGGAAGGAGAAAGAACUAUCAUUAAGGAAGUAGAACAAUUAGAAGGAGAGAUAGAAGGAGACCUGGAAAAGGUUGGGAAAACUGAGAUGACAUUGUUUCAGAGGCUACUAGAAGGUUUUCAAGAGCUUCAAAAAGAUGAAGAAUACUUCCUCAAAGAAUUAAACAAGGAGGAGCGAGAAUUACUGGAAGACUUAAAGAUGGAGGCUGGCGAGGUGGAGAAACUAUUUGGGCGAGCAUUACCUAUAAGAAAGCUUCGGUAACAUUUCAGGCAGAGGUAACCAGCAUGUCAAAUUGUUCGUCAAUUUUGGAAAUGAUCUUAUACUCGAAAAGAAUUUAACUUUUUUCCAGGAUUUCUUCUUGUUCACAUACAUUUUGUCAGAUAAUGAAGAUCCAUAUUCUUUUGUGUAUAACUUGAAUCUUCAGAUCUACUUCAUACUUGUAAAAGCACCAAAGAUAUACUCAGUGUCAGAAAUUACUGGGAGAAAACUAUGAAGAAGCAAUUUCAAAUUUUCCAA